ACGAAUACAUAUAAUUCAUUCAUUAAUGUUUCAUAUGCUUCUAAAGAAGGUGAGCCAAAAACUAUCGAUAAAGCGGUGUAUGAAAUAAAAGCAUCAACGACGAAAUUGAAUUCGUUAACUUUUGACGGUGAUAGUUUCGUUAAUGACAUAACAUCGGGGAAAACAAUUUUAACGAAAGAAUACUUAAAAUCUCAUGUUAGUGAGUUCGUUGAAAUUGAAAAAGAAGGUGGAAUUAAGUUCGAUCCACUGAAUUUCAUUUUCAGCUUAGCGAAUGCGGGUGUUAGUUUCGCUGAAUGGACAACUAUACAGAGUGAAAUAAAUGCAAUAUGGACGUUUUUGGGGUCAAAAGCGGGAAUGGGUGAGCUUGUAAAUGCUGCAAGAACAUUAGGUGAAACAGGAAAUUUUGUAGAUGGUUUUAAAAGACUUGUUUCAAAUGUUUUAACAAACACAAAGAAAUUAUUUAGAUAUACCGUACAUAACGGACGGAUUUUCGAACAUAUAGCAACAAACCCUCCGGUUAUGGCUGCGUUGA